CACCUUCCAACUCAUCUCAACUUUGCCUGCUCUACCCUUUUUUCAACCACUACACAUUCUUCAUUAUGCCUUCUGCAAAGUCAAGCGGCAAGGGUAAGGUCGGCGGCAAGGUCAAGAGCGAGGACACCAAGUCCACGUCCCGCUCUACUAGAGCUGGUCUCCAGUUCCCAGUCAGCCGUAUCCAUCGUAUGUUGAGGAGAUCCAAUGUCAGCAAGCGCAUUGGGUCUGGUGCACCCGUAUACCUUGCUGCCGUACUAGAGUACUUGUCCGCUGAAAUCUUGGAGUUGGCUGGAAAUGCAGCUCGUGACAACAAGAAACGUCGUAUCAAUCCUCGUCACCUUCAACUAGCUAUCCGUAACGAUGAAGAGUUGAGUAAACUGCUCGGAGAUGUAAUCAUCUCUGAGGGUGGUGUCGUACCUUACAUCAACCCUGCACUCCUUCCUGCAAAGAGCAAGAAACAAAGUCUUGACAGCCAAGAAGUGUAAUUCACCCCGUGUAUCUCAGUUUCGCAUGCUUCCUUGUGUACCACCAUUGUGCAUAUUUACUUAGUAUACUUAAUCUGUAGGACGUUCUCAACGUCCUUUUCCGCACCGUACGCAGAGAAUCCAAAACAAUACUUGGCGCACGAC